AUGGCACUAUCCCAGACUGAGAAUGUAGGGCUCGAGGCCAGUCAUCAGCAGCCGCACAUAGUGACUACUGUAGGUGAAGAUGAAGACUAUCUCAAGUGGAAGCCCGGACGGGAGGAAUUGUUGAUCCUAGGUUGCCUCGCCAUCGUGUCACUGGUUGUGGCCCUCGACGCCACCAUUCUUGUCCCGGUUCUCCCGACAAUCGCGUCAGACCUGCACGGUGAUACAAAUGAAUCUUUCUGGGUAGGCACAGCAUAUCUUCUUUCAUCCGCUGUGUUUCAACCACUCUUUGUUGCCCUCUCGAAUGUCUUCGGCCGACGGAGCAUACUAUUUCUAUCAUUAGUCCUAUUCACAGCAGGGACAUUGAUCUGUUGUCUCUCCCAUGGAAUGACCCAACUCCUGAUUGGCCGCACUGUUCAAGGAGUUGGGGGCGCGGGCAUCCUCUGCUUGACCUUUGUCAUCACGACCGAUAUCAUCCCCCUCCGUCAGCGCCCGGCAUACUCGUCCAUUAUCCAGGUGGCAUUUGUGGUGGGAACAGUGACCGGCCCCGUUAUCGGUGGAUUGCUCAUAGACCACAGCACCUGGCGCUGGGUCUUCUAUUUGAACUUUCCAUUUAUGGGCGUCGGACUAAUCAUGGUCCCGUGGGUUGUGAACCUACGGAGGCCAAGGCAGGAAGGGCUCACCCAGCAGCUCCGAUCAAUUGACUGGGUAGGAGGCCUACUAUUUAUUGCUAGUCUCUCAAGCUUCUUGAUAGGCAUCACAUGGGGUGGUGGUCAGUUUCCCUGGCCCAGUUGGCGCACAUUGCUUCCCAUCUUCCUCGGCGUGGUGGGAAUAAUAAUUACAGUUUUCUGGUUGUGGAAGGGGGCACGAAAUCCAUUUCUCCGUCUGGGCUUAUUCCGAGAUGUCUCCUCAGGAAUGAUCUACCUCUGCGCUGUUCUUCAGGGGUUAUUGAUGUUCUGCGAGCUCUAUUCCCUCCCACUGUACCUGGAGAGCCCAAAAGAUAUGUCCGCAACAAUGACUGGGGUUGCUUUAAUGACAAUCACUGGAUCACUCAUGCCAGCCAGUGUUUUGACUGGCAUUAUCAUCACCAAAUUGGGUCACAUCCGGUGGGCAAUCUGGACGGGGUGGGUCAUAAUUACAAUGUCCACCGGGUUACUGAUUCUUCUUGGCAACGACACCAAAACGUACGCAUGGGUUUUGAUCUUUUUGUCUGUGGGUUUGGGCCAUGGCUGCAUCAUUGUCUCGAGCAGCAUCUGUGUCCAGGCGCUGGCGGAGGCAAGCGACUCGGCUCAAGCUGCGUCCAUGUACACGUUUCUGCGAUCCUGUGGGAUGUGCCUUGGGGUUGCCGUAGGGACCACCGUGGUGCAGAACCAACUCCGAUAUCAAUUGCAAAUUCGUCAUCUGCCUGUGGAGAUUGCCGAGAAUGCCCAGAUCUUUAUCGCAAGCCUGAAGAACGCCAAGUCAUCCUACUCUCCAUCGUUCAUUUACGGAGUGAAUUCGGCUCGCUGUGGCUGGGGUGGGCUUGAUUGCAGCACUCUUUCUGAAGCCCGUCAAUAUGAAUAA